UUUCUGGUGUAGUUGUCGUUUUUGUACGACUAAGUAGCAUCCAUCGAACGAGUGUCGCAGAGAAUGCCUGAUAGUAUAUUCUGACAUAUUUUUGCUGAUGUGGUCUAAUGUUUGGCCCUCUGUUUCCUCGGCCUUGGUCAUCCAAAUGUGACGCCUUUUGGAUAUGGCGGAUGGAGAAGUUCAAAUCACCCACCCCAACCAGCUUUUGCCGUGUUAUAACACAGCCUGAAAAUUUAGUGCCCAAUACGAUUCUUUCUUCCACCCUGUAGUUGAGCAACAAAUUUGUGUCCUCCCGCCACAUGAGCACAACAUCAAAAUUCUUUGAACGAUCAGUGUAGGAAGUUUCAUAGACAGAAAAGCCAUAAAAACUUCACAUUUUUUUCUAGUAAGGUUAGAAAAAAAUGUCACCAUACUACAUUAGACUUGGUCCAAAUGAACAUUCUCCUAAAAUUGAAGGAACUUUGUUCAUGUAUGGAUUUCUAUUAUGCCUCUAUGCUCCACCCAAGUGUGUUAAUUAAGGAAUUUCAAGUAGUGUUCAAACAUAACAUGCUCUACCAUAGAUGCUAUGGUCGAAACUUCAAUAAUUGAGGCACAAACAUGUUUUGAGGAUAGGGUACUUGGGACAAGUGUCUCAACACCCUUGGCAGUUCUAGACGUUGCCUCGAUGAUUAAAAUUGCUAGAAUAUAGCUAGUGUCUGGACACUAGUCGUAGAUGUUCGCUACGCAUAAGCAUUCUGACUUGUUUGGAGCCUUUUGGAGUAUGUCAAUGUUUAGUAGCUUUUUAGCUUGGUUUUGUAUUCUACAUGCUUGGCAACUCAAAUUGAUGUGCAAUAUGGUAAUAGAAGACAAAAAGAUCCAAACUAGACAAAAAGAAAUCUUAAAAGAAAAAAAAAAAUCAAGCCUAAGAAAUAACCUAUGUUGGACAAAAAAUAAUAAUUUAACCAAGAAAAAGAAAAACAAAGAACUUAGGGACGGCAUUACAUUGAAAUUUAUGGGGAAAAAAAAACUCCGGACCUUUAUGCUGUUAUGUGGACGAAAACGUGCGGUAGCUAUAAAUUAGAAUGAGGGCGGAAUAUGAGGCGAAUAGUUGGUGUGUGAAAACCAGAAGUCCUUAAAUGUGUGCAUGGAGGUAACGUGUCCGGCCAAGGCGCAUCAGGAGUUGGUAUUACCUGUUGUACGUCCUCCACAUGGCCUUCUAUAAACUUGGUCAGCAACUAACCCUUUUAAAUAUCAGUUCAAUCCGAUCCCCAUCUCCAUCUGCUGACGAUCCAAAGAAAUGGCCUUCAGACCCUCUCUCACCUCUGCGUGGAAAUCAAUGCUUAGGACCCAAGGGAAGCGUCGGUUAGCGUCGUCCAGCACCGCUUCCACCAUUGAAAAUGCUGCUACGUCUUCUAAGGGCGGUCCGAGUAGGAGCGUGUACAUGAAGGGUGAGUACGCCCCAGUCUACAUUGUGUUGGGGUUCGUAGGGAUUGUUUUGUUGAUGGGAACCCACACGGCGAAGCAGCAGCUGCUGCAUUCGCCGGUUGUCAAUGUGAGCAAGAAGAAGAGGGAGAGCAUCCCGGAGGUGGAGGAGCCCGACACCGUCAUCAAUUCCGCCGACAAGUUUAUCAACAAAUCCAUUCUUAGGAAGGUGGCCCACAUCCAGGACAACACCAAGACUGUGUAGCCCCCUAAUGAAAACUGCUGGAGUGGGUGGAUCCUGCCCGGCGUUGAACAACCCCUUGUGUGUAAGCAUUUGAAUGUCUUCAUUUAUUUACUUCUGAUUCCCAUCAAUGUGUGUGUGUGUGUGUGUGUGUAUAAUGGGCCCUUCUGGUUCUGGAUCUCUUCCCUUUGUGGUGUUGGAUGGAGCAGACUAGGUCUAGGCAUGAGGCCCUCGGUUCUGUUUCUUUUUCAUGUAUAAUAAAACCAAUUGGACUUCCCCCAAAUUGGGACCUUGGAAUUGUUUUCAUCUAUCUUCAACUUCGAAUCU